AUGUCUGAAUCUCAUUCCGUAGAAGUCAUUGAUCAAUUCGAAGUUUCUCCACCACCAGGCUCAGUAACCUCCACUUCUCUCCCUCUCUCUUUCUUUGACUUGCCAUGGCUUCUUUGUGGUCCCAUGCAACGCCUUUUCUUCUAUGAAUUCCCUUACUCUACUCUUUACUUCACUCAAAGCAUCCUUCCAAGUCUUAAAAACUCUCUGUCCCUUACACUUGAACAAUUUUUCCCUUUUGCCUCCAGUCUUAUGUGCCCACCACCACCCCAUAAACCCUAUAUCCUCUUCAAUAAUGGUGACUCAGUCCCAUUCACUGUUGUUGAGUCAACGCUGGAUUUUGACCAAGUUAUCGCAGACCAAGCUGGAGAUGUUAGAGAAUUGCAUCCUUUUGUUCCAAAGUUGCCUCCUACACGUGUAACAUCAGAUGGCACACGUGUGGUACCACUUCUUGCCUUGCAAGUGGCUGUGUUUCCAAAUUCAGGUAUUUGUAUCGGUGCCCAAUUUUGCCACGUGGCAGCUGAUGGGAUGGCUUUUCACCAUUUCAUGAAAUCCUGGGGGUCAAUUUUUAGGUCAAGAAAUGACAUGGCUUGCCUAGAAAAGUCAAUGCUGCCGUCUCAUGACAGGGCAGGGAUCAAAGACCCACUGGAGCUUGAGUCCAUCUUUUUGAAGGAUUGGUGGAGUUGGGCUUCGUAUUGGGAUUAUGAUUUGGGGACAACCCACGAUGAUCAACUCACAGGCAAGGUUAGGGUUACACUUUCGAUAGGCCAACCCCAGAUUGAGAAGCUGAAAGAUUUGGUCUCCAUUCAAUGCAUGAAAAGAGGGGUUGAGGUUGGCUUGGCACUUCCUAAAGGUCAAAUGGAUGUCUUCAGUGGCAUCUUUGAACAAGGUUUGAAGCAAAAUCAAAUUUGA